GAGGCGAGCUAGAAUAUCUGCUCUCUUGGUCCCCUCAAAGUAGCAAAAUCACAACGAUCAAGUGGCACGAAAUCCAUGAAUGAAAACUUGCUAAAUUAGGGGGUAGGAAAAGCGGAUUCUAGAACCGACGCUAGCUCCCAAGCCGGUCCCCGGCGGUGAAAUCUCUUGGGCAUGGGCGGGUCCUGCCGACUGCUAGCUUCCUCCCGCCAUGGGGAUUGGGGGAGCCGACAAAUACCGUAGUCAUCCCUGAGAUUCGCUGCUAAACGCGCCACGCCCAUGCCGCUGGUACAGAUUUGUAGUCCAGCUAAAGCGUGAUCCUUCUCCCCUCGCCACAGGUUGCGAUUCGGCCUCAGCUGGUCUCAGGCAGCCAUCAAGAUCCAGCAUUUGUUGCCCCCUGAUUUCGACGUGCCGCAACUUGCGAGGCCGCUUCUCUGGUGGUUUUAUUGGGACGUGCAGUCGUCGUGUUCGACGUAAUGCGCGCGGGAGGCUUCUGCACGCGGUGAGAACUGUCGGUGCUAGCUUUUCUCCGGCCGGUCAUGGUGGCUUGAGGCUCGGGUUUGUCCGUCCCUGAACUCCUGAAGCAUGGGCGGCUCGGAGAGGACCAUUGUUUGGUUCAGGAGGGACCUCAGGAUCGACGAUAACCCGGCCUUGGCCGCCGCAGCGAGGGACGGCUCUGUGCUCCCUAUCUUCAUAUGGUGCCCUGCCGACGAAGGGCAGUUCUAUCCCGGACGGUGCUCCCGGUGGUGGCUCAAGGAGUCGCUUGCCCACCUUGGCAAGUCGUUGGAGGCGCUUGGGUGCCCGCUCCAUCUGAUCCGAGCUGAGGAGAGCUCUCUUGCCGCGCUUCUGCAGUGCGUUCAUUCAAUCGGCGCCACUAGAGUGGUUUAUAAUCAUCUAUAUGACCCUGUUUCACUUGUGCGCGAUGACAACGUCAAGAAUGAGCUUUCGGUUCUUGGAAUUUCUUUCGAGAGUUUCAACGGUGACCUUCUGUAUCAGCCAUGGGAAGUUUAUGAUGAUAAUGGGCAUGCAUUUACAACCUUCAAUCUGUAUUGGGAGCAGUGCUUGAAAUUACCUAUCGAGGUGUCGCCAUCUCUUGCACCUUGGAGGUUGGUGCCAGUUCCAGGUAUAGAGAAUCUCCAAAGUUGUUCAAUUGAUGAUCUAGGUCUUGAAUCAAGUAAGGAUGAGGAAUCAAGCAAUGCUUUGCUAAGCAGGGCCUGGUCUCCUGGCUGGCGCAACGCAGAAAAGACGCUAGAGGAGUUUGUGUGCCAAGGUCUUCAAGAUUAUUCAAAACAUGGAAUGAAGGUUGCGGGAGCUACAACCUCAUUGCUUUCACCAUAUCUUCAUUAUGGUGAGUUGAGUGUAAGGAAAAUUUAUCAACUUGUCAGGAUGCAACAAAUCAAGUGGGAAAAUGAGGGAAAAUCUGAAGCUGGGGAGAGCAUUAACUUGUUCUUGCAAUCAGUUGGUCUUCGAGAAUAUUCACGUUACUUGUGUUUCAACUUCCCCUUCACACAUGAAAGGUCGUUGCUGGGGAACUUGAAGCACUACCCAUGGCAAGUAGAUGAGGACAGGUUCAAGUCCUGGAGACAGGGAAUGACCGGAUACCCAUUAGUAGAUGCUGGCAUGAGGGAGCUUUGGGCGACUGGGUGGACACAUAAUAGGAUAAGAGUCAUCGUUUCAAGCUUCGCUGUAAAAUUCCUACUAAUUCCAUGGACCUGGGGGAUGAAGUACUUUUGGGAUGUGCUAUUGGAUGCUGAUCUAGAAAGUGAUAUUCUUGGUUGGCAGUACAUAUCUGGGAGUUUGCCUGAUGGCCAUGAGCUCAGUCGUCUUGAUAAUCCUGAGGUUCAAGGACAAAAGUACGACCCAGAUGGGGAAUAUGUAAGAACUUGGAUUCCGGAACUAGCUAGAAUGCCCACAGAAUGGAUCCAUCAUCCCUGGGAUGCACCGAGCUCUAUACUACAAGUUGCUGGAGUUGAGCUAGGCUUUAACUAUCCUAAGCCCAUAGUAGAACUUCACACGGCUCGGGAGUGCUUGGAUGAUGCCAUCUCCACAAUGUGGCAAUUGGAUACAGCUGAAAAACUUGCAGAAUUGGAUGGUGAGGUUGUGGAAGAUAACUUGAGUCAUAUCAAGAGUUUUGACAUCCCAAAAGUUGUUUUGAAGGAACUAUCUCCAAGUGCUCCUCCCAUCGAUCAAAGGGUGCCUUCUUCUAGUGGCAGGAAUCACGAGUUACAGCCUAAGGCCUCAAAGACGGAAGAUACAGGAUCUAUAGUGAACUCACUGAUAUCAAGAAAAAGAUACAGUAGCGGGAGUGCCUUUGAUGUCCCGUCUUGCUCAUGUUCAGUUGAAGUGCGCUCCCAGAAUCAGGAUACUGGUUGUUCGUUAGUUGAGUCUUCAAGAUAUGUAUCGCAUAAAACAGAGAGAAACUGUGCUGAUAAGGCAGAAGAUGACGACAGUGCAGAUAGUGGUACAAGCAUCUCAAGACCAUCCAAGAAACCUGCUUAGCCGUGCUGCCGGAGAAAGGAGGAAGACUGCUACUGGUCCAUGGGGUUGAAGAAGCGCAACACACGAGAUCAUCCCGUAUAAUUUUGUGCAUUUUGUUAUGUUUUUUUGCCAAAGCCAUUAUGUCAUACGGCGUAUAUAAUUAGUUAAGCACUGGGGUGAUCUUAGAGUACCUUUGUUGCAAUAUGAGGCAAUAUCUAUUCAGAGUUUCAGUUUCUUCCUCCUUUUC